AUGACUUCCUCUUCUGCCUCCUCCUCAAGCGCUAUCCUACCUCCUCGGUCAACCACUGACGACGAUGUGCCAAGUCCGCCUGAUUCCCCUUACCCCUUCUUUGCCACGAAGACCAAGAUUUCCAUGUCGCCCACUACCGCAGGGAAGCCGACCGUCGAUGCACAAAUGGAAAAAUGGAUUGCCCAAAGAAUACAGCAGACGAGGAAGAAGGCCAGGGAGGAACAGCGGCGUACUAAAAAAACAAGAUCCGUGGGGGCCAGCGAGGGCCACCAGAUAAUUCUCAUUCACUGGAUUUACGGCUCGCCUGUGCCCAUAUUCCAGUAUGGGUUCGACGACGGAUGUGCGAUGACGCCCCGCGAGUUCUGUACAGCUGUCAUGCGGACGGUGGCACGCGACCCAAAGCCUGAAUUCGUCGUCUUCGAUCGGGAACUUCGUCGGUACCUGGACACCAAUUUUGAUCCCAAGUCCCUUCCCGAGGACGUGAUUGUCGAAUUAUCAGCAAAGUCAGCGGCGGAAAGUUCCCAAAGGCUCCAGCAUCCCCCGUAA